AUGGCACCCUUAGUCCCCAUAUUCCCGACAGACGACCUCCAAUCCCGCGUCCAGAUCAUUCACCGCGGCUUCAAAGAAAAACGUCGCAAAGGCGAACCAAUUGACCUCCACAAAUGCGAAUUGAUGGAAAUGGUGCAAUAUUCAUGUAAUCCGCCUGAGGAAGGAAUUCUACCACCUGGUGUUGUCAUGUGUAAGCCUAUUGUGAGGUUAUUUCGGAGAUGCGCCGGUGGUCUCACGGUUGAAACGACGAGUUGGGAGAAGAUGAAUGCGAAUAAUGAAGCGAGCUCGAAUAAAUUAGAUACAAGAAAGGAAAAGAAGUCAUAA